AUGGCCAACCCUGAGCCGCCUACGCCUGGACGCUCAUCCGAAGACACCAGGUGGUCUAUAAUCAAGUUUGAAAAUGCCUCAGUCCCAAGGCGUGGGAAACAGCUUACCGCUGCCCAGGAGCAGAUCCUCAUCCAGCUCUUCCAGGCUAACAACAAUGACAUUGCGGAUCCUGCAAAGCACACGAAGAAAUUUUGGAUGCUGCUCUCUCGCCUGCUCAGCGAAAGGAUUGGGCGUCAGUACUCGUGGCAGUCCUGCCGUCGUCGUGUGACUCGGUAUCAUGCAGAUCUCGAGACGGAGUCCAGGGAAUCUGGAGCCGACGAAGAUGAAGUCUCACCAGAACAGGCAGUUAAGUUCGCCAACUCCCCUGCCCCUGCUUCAUGUACCACCAAGAUAGAAUCUUCCCGAUGUCACCAACGCCCUCGAACCCGUUCGCUUUCUCCUGUCCACGCGGACGAGGACCAAAUGUGCCGCAAGCGAUUGCGUCAGUCCCCUGACAGCUCGCAGUUUGACGAUGAAGAUUAUUUGGAAGCCUCUGAGUCUUCAGAUUCUGAUGCAACGAAGAUUCCACUGCCACCAAUGCCCAGGAGGCCCAUGAAACGGCGCAAGCCGGAAGGUCUCGGGGACGUGACGCCUGGAUCUGACCGUGCUGAACAACGACAAUCAUUAAAAGCUCCUUGA